AUGGGAAAUUGGUUUACUAACGUUUGGGACCGCUUGUUCAAUGAAAAAAGAGAGUUUAAGCUUGUAAUCAUUGGCCUUGACGCAGCAGGGAAAACGACUAUCCUUAAUAAAAUGAGAUUUGAUGAGUAUAUUAACUCUGCACCAACUAUAGGAGUGAAUACCGAGGACAUUCAGGUUAAGAAUAUCAACAUCAAAGUGUUUGAUUUGGCAGGCUAAGAAAAAAUGAGGAAUGUCUGGAAGUACUACUACUCAUCCAUAGAGGGCAUAAUAUUUGUCCUAGACUCAGGAGACACACAGAGGAUUAUGGAGGCCAAAGAUGAGAUAUAAAAUUUGCUUACAAACGAUGAAGCCAAAUAGGUCCCAAUAUUGAUUUUCGCAAAUAAACAGGAUCUACCGAAUGCAAUCAGAGGUCCAGAGAUGACAGAUAUGCUAGGUUUGGUUGAAUAUGUUAAUAAAAAGACCCCAACUGUAAAAGUGCAGGAAUCUUCAGCAGUUUAAGAUCGCGGAUUAUUGGAAGGAUUUGAAUGGAUUGUUGACAGAAUUGUUUAAUUAGCAUAGUAAAGAUCAUAAUAGUGA